AUGUCCGAGCUGGGGCCGGGGCAGCUUGCAGCAGCCGGGCCGGCGGGAGGGCAGGGCUGGCGGCCACUGCUACUUCAUGGCCCCGAGCGACGGGCGACGCGCGGGCAGCCGGGUCCGGGAGGUCUGGUCCCGGUGCGUGGGAAGCGGCACUGGAGUCCGCUCCGCCCGCGGGAGCCGCCCGCCCUCCAGAGCGCCUUGAGCCCCGGUGCGGCUGCCCUGCCGGACGCCCCUCCUUCCUGUGGUGCUCUAGAGACCAGGGCCAAUCCUCAUGUGAGGCAGAUCAAAAUCAAGACAGGCGUGGUGAAGCGGUUGGUCAAAGAAAAAGUGAUGUAUGAGAAAGAAGCAAAGCAAGAAGAAAAGAGAGAAAAAAUGAAGGCUGAAGAUGGUGAAACCUACGCCAUUAAGAAACAAGCAGAAAUCCUGCAAGAGUCGCAGAUGAUGAGCCCAGAUUGCCAGCGCCGGUUAGAGGUUGUAUAUACCGAUCUUCAGCAGAUAUUAGAAAGUGAAAAAAACUUGGAAGAACCUGAGGAUUAUAAAGAGGCAUGUGCAGUUCUGGAUUCAGUGAAGUUAGAGGCCUGAAGUUUUGCUGUACAGGGUGUUUUUUGCAUUAAAUCCUGGUGUCCACUCUACAAUUCAUUAUUUUUGGACACUUCUGUGUUUAGUAAUAUGAAAAUGUGGUUCUUUUUAUGCAGUUGCAUAUAUUUUUCUUUGCA